AUGGGCAUUGUCCAAUUGACUAAUAAUGGAUAUGAAGGUGUCGUUAUUGGCAUUAGCGAUUCAGUAAGUGAAAGCCAGUUUCCGGAUUUAUUAGAUCAAAUUCAAAGUACGUUUAAUAAAUCCUCAUCAAAGAUAUAUACAGCAUUUCGACGCCGUGCCUUCUUUCGACAUAUUACAAUUAUAAUUCCCCGAUCAUGGAAGAAUAGUAUUAAGUACAAACCAGCGACCAAACAAUCUUUCCAUACCGCUGAUUUUCGAAUUGAACAUACUAAAGCAAGUAGUAAUGAAAAAUGUUCCGAUCGGGCCAUGGUUAGAACGAUUGGUGCCUAUCAGUGCGGAGAACCGAAUGACUAUGUUCUGCUGACCCCCAAUAGCUUUUGUCCAAGCAAUUGGGCGUCUCGAUUUCUGGAUAAAAAUAUCGUCCGUCAAUGGGCUCGCUAUCGUUAUGGAAUCUAUGAUGAAGAAAGCAAAGGGACCAAGCUAACAUAUCUGAAUUCUCAAACCAGUCAAUAUGAACCUGUUAAGUGUUCUUCUUCACUCAAAGUUGAUAUUGUGCGAGGUUUUAAUACAAAAUGUAGCAUUAAUCCAAAUAGUGGCUCUGUUCAUUUUCUUUGCCGACCCCGAGUUGGUCGCCCACCUAUAGCCGCAGGUUCCAUCAUGUAUGAGUACCGAAUGGACGGGCUUGAACAUUUUUGUGAUGACGGAGGAGCUGAUGAACAAAAUGCCAUGACACGCCAUAAUUCGUUGCCUCCAACUUCUCAAAAUAUUAAUUGCGAUGGAGAAAGCACGUGGACAGUUAUUAAACGCCAUCAAGAUUUUACCAAUCAAAAUCGGCCUGCUAGGAUUAAAAAUACAGCGCCGAUAUUUCGAUUUGUAAAGGCAAUGCCAGUACGUAUUGUUAUGGUUUUGGAUAAAUCUGGCAGCAUGAGGGGCAGUAAUUUGCAGCAACUAAUACAAGCAGCAACAAAUGUUAUUUUGCAAUUGGGACAAAUUGAUGGAUCUAUAGGAAUUAUAAUAUUUAGUACAUCUGCAACAGUCACUUGCCCGCUUAUGGCUGUUAAUAACGAUCAAGACAAGAAUAAAUUAAUUGGCUGCUUACCACCAGAAGCAUCAGGAGGAACUAGCAUUGGUAGUGGUAUACUCAAAGGCAUUGAGCUUUUACUAGGUUCAGUAGGUGAGCAAAAACCAAGUGGUGGCCAUUUAAUCGUUAUGAGUGAUGGCCAAGAAAAUGCUAAUCCUCGUAUUAAAGAUGUAAUGAGUAAUAUUACCGAAAAUGAUGUUGUUGUUACAAGUAUAUCAUUUGGACAAUCUGCAUCCAAAGUUCUUGAAGAUUUGGCAAAAUCAACUGGUGGUUCAUCUUAUUUUGCUUCCACUAAUGGUACCUUAACAUUAAUGAAUGCGUUUACUGCCAUCAUAAGCAAUUUAGUUGGGCCGAGUAGUAUCAAAGUGACGACACCGAUUCAGGUGUAUAGUAGAGAAAUUUAUGCAAAACCUGGUGAAUCGUUUCAAGAUUUUGUUCUAGUUGAUCCAUCGGUGGGAGACAACUCGCAAUUUACCUUUACUUGGCAAUUGCGUGAGGUCGAUGUUGUUCUAACUUCUCCAUCAGGGAAUAGCUAUACUUCUACCUCACCGGAAUAUAUCAUUUACAAACAGCAAAAAUUAGUUAGAAUUAUAAUACCAAAAGCUGAGAAUGGAAGAUGGGAAUACACUAUUACAGAUAAAACAUCCAAGCGAAGAAGAGCUGUACGAGCUACUGGCCAAUCCCAAAGUAUUAGUAUUACAGCAUCGGCAUCACCUAAAGUUGAAAAUAGUAGCGAUGAUUCACUUAUUUCUACAGGAGUCGUUAUUAUUGAAGUAAGGCUUAGUAAAGAGAAAAUUCAAUAUCCAAGUGUGCCUAUCGUUUAUGUUGAAGUCAAACUUGGCCAUUUAGCCAUAUUGAAUUGUUCAGCGAGAGUAAAAGUAACAGUACCAAAUCUUUCUAAAGAUUACUUCUUCCAAGCAAGAGAUGAUGGUGCCGGCGCAGAUAUUGUAGCCAAUGAUGGAAUUUAUUCCGCUUAUAUGACAAAUUUUGAUGGCAAUGGGCGUUAUGCUUUACUUGGGAUGGCUGACACAAAUGCAAAUCAAUCCUAUGUUGACACAGAUUAUAUUUUUGGAGUUGGUAGAGCGAUAGAUGAUCGUCAAGUAGAUACCAAUGCUACAUCGUCAGAAAGGCAGAUGGAAUAUUUAUACGCAUUUUCUAGAGUGAAAUCAGGUCCUUUAUUGGAAGUUUCAAAUUAUCAACUAGACAGAGAUCAAUUACCACCUGCUCGUGUGCACGAUGUUAUUGUAGCUGAAACUAUAUCUAAAAAUAAGAGUGUAAUAUUAAAGUGGACUGCACCAGGCAAUGAUUUGGAUAAAGGCACAGCCAAAGGCUAUGAAAUUCGAUAUUCUAGUACAGGAUUAAGCAUCAUGAACUUUAGAAAGAAUUUUACCUAUGGCCAAAUUGCGGUCUUUCAAUCAGUUUUUGCAAUACCGAAUGCAACCAAUGCCACAAAACCUAAACCAGCUGGUUCAACCGAACAAAUGAUAGUUACCUUGGAUGAUGCUGAAUAUGGAAACACUUAUGCACUUGGCUUAAUAGCUUAUGAUGACAAUAUGAAAUCGAAAGUAUCGAAUUAUGUCUACACAAUCUUUCAACAUGUGUUUCAACCCUUUGAUUUCCAUGUUAAAAUCGAUCAUCAUCAUCUUGGCAUCAUGAUAAUAAGUUGGAAAAUAGCUUGUAAUAGUUGUGCUACUGGCAUUGCUCCUAUUGGUUAUGAAAUACAAUAUAGCACUGAUCAAGAAGACUUAAGUGAAGAAGUUAUAGCAGGACAAAUUAUCACUCAAGAUCAAAUAAUUGAUCAUAAAACAGUAACUGUGGAUUCUUCAUCUGAUGUGUUGCAUGAAUAUACUAUCAAAAUGAGAAAAUAUCAGUAUUCACGUCCUUAUUACUUUGCUGUUCGUGGAUAUGAUAAUUACCGUUACUAUUCGAAUUAUUCUAAUAUUGCUGAUAUAGAAUUUUAUAAAGUUAAAUCUCCGCAAAAUUUAAGAGUUACCUUUAUGUCAAAUGCCAGUAAAGAAGUGCAAUUACAAUGGAUACUCGAUUCAUCCAAGAAGGGAUUAACACCAGCAAGAUAUCAAAUUUGUUGGAUUGAAGCUAAUCAGAAUAGAGAAUCCUGCCGAGCGAUAUCAUCUAAUCUACUGCUUAGAGCUGGUGAAGAUUUUAUCUAUCGUUUUAGAUUCAGUGAAGCACAAUAUGGCAAAAUAUACGAUUUUCGUGUCCGAGCUAUUGAUAUUUUUUAUCAUAUCUCAUCGGCGAGUAAUUCAGCAAAGGUGGAAUUAUAUUAUUUAUCGCCUCCUACAGACGCUGUAGUCAAUAUUGUUAGUCAUAAGGCGAAAAUAAUCGAUGUCCAUUGGAAAGUAUUACUAAAUGACUUCAAGAUAUCGACAAAUGCUCGUUAUUGCAAAGUGAUAAUCAGCAACCAACCUUCAUUAAAUAAUUCAUCUACUAUCUUGGCUACAGAAAUGGCUCAAAUUAAAAAUGAUGGGUUUAAAGGAUAUCAGGAAAUGUCUGCUAUCUUUCAGUUAAUGAAGACCAAUGGUUUAAAUUACGCUUUCGUAAAUUGCUUCGACAAAUAUCAAUUACAAUCAACCCUAUCAGAUCCAAUUGAAUUCUCCUUUGAAAAGCUUCAUAUUACUACACCUUAUAACUUGGGUUUAAUAGUUAAUUCUGAUAAGUUAACAGCUACAUUAGUGUGGGAAAUGACGAAAGAGAACGCAAUUACCGUUCCAGCACCUUAUUAUGAAAUACGAUAUAGCUACGAUACCGAGGCCUUUAUGAAGGAUUUUAAUCGUGGGAAGGUCGUUGAUGAUGAUAUUAUUAUCAGGCCUCCAGAGCAUGUGCCGUUUGGGAAAAAUCAUUUUGUGAUUAUCGGUGUUAUAGGUGGUGUGAUAUUGAUUGUUGUAUUUGCAUUAGCGAUAUAUCUAUAUAAACGUCGAAUAGGCGCGAUCUAA